UUGCUUUCCGCCCCUCCUCGGGGAGUCUUGGCUAGUGCGGCUUCUUCUCUUGUAUGUACCGUACCUACCUUAUGUAGAGUACCUCCAUACAUACCCCAACUUGCAUGCGUUCCUUCCCUUCCUCUUCUUCUCUCUCUCUCUCUCUCCCUCUCUCUCUCCCUCUCUCUCGUCUCUCCCAGUGGAAGGUCUGCGCGCAGACCCCAUCGUCUCCUCCAAGUCGUGUUUUGUGAGCAGCACGCCGCCAUGCGACUUCCGAAACCCAGCUAGGAAGAUUCCCACUUUCAAGUACCGACCUGCGCGAGCGCUGCAUUUCCCGAUUUCCCGAUCGGGGCUUCUCGCGGGCUAGUCGAUCCCGUCUCCGUCAUGUUUCGCCCAAGACGGCACCGCGUGGUGCUCAUCUGCGCCUUCGUCAUCACUGUGCUGCUCUACCACGUCUCCAAGAACUCGCAAUGGGACCAGCCGAGGGAGACGUGGCGCGGCAAGACGAGUCCCAACACCCAUCCAAGACCCGAGCCUCUGCCUCCACCGCCGCCCGCACCCAACCCGCACCAAGGUCCCCCGCCUCACGUUCCCCCACCGCACGAUCCUCCGCCGCGCGCUUCGCCAUUGCCGGAUCCGGAGCCCAUCCGGAUCCCGCAGCUGAAGGAGGCCGACGAGGAGCAAGGCACUUACGGCCUUCCUACCGAGCCUGCCGCCGUCGUGCCCGAGAGGAAGCCGCCCACCCACCACGACGGGUAUCACGAUGCGCAAGCCGAAGACGUCGGGGUCCUGGACCCGGCAACCCCUACCUCCGCCGUCGUACACUGGCAGAAGCCUUACGAGUGGUUUCCCGUGCCCGAGGAGUCGCUCAUUCCGCUUCCCACGGGAAAUCCCAAGCCCAUUCCGUCGGUGCAGGUCUCGUUUGCCCAAGAGUCGCCCGCGGCCAAGGAGAAGCGCGAGCAGCGCCUGGCCAAGGUCAGGGCCGAAGCCCUGCACGCCUGGACCGGCUACAAGAAGUACGCCUGGAACCACGACGAGCUCAUGCCCGUCUCCAACAGGUCCAGGGACCCUUUUUGCGGCUGGGCCGCUACCCUUGUCGACUCUCUCGAUACCCUCUGGAUCAUGGGCCUGAAGGACGAGUUUGACGAAGCCGUGGACGCCGUGAGGGGGAUUGACUUCACCACGACGCCCUACCGCGAGGAAAUCCCCGUCUUUGAGACCAUCAUCCGCUAUCUGGGCGGUCUUCUUGGGGCGUACGACGUAACGGGCAACGACCCCCGAUACCGCGUGCUCUUGGACAAGGCGGUCGAACUUGCCGAGAUCCUGAUGGGAGUCUUCGACACGCCCAACCGCUUGCCCAUCCUCUUUUACAACUGGAAGCCGGACUACGCCGAGAGACCGAAACGGGCUUCCACCAGCGCGAGCGUGGCCGAGCUCGGCUCCAUGAGUAUGGAGUUCACCCGCCUAGCUCAGCUUACCGGCCAAAACAAGUAUUACGACGCAAUCGCCCGCAUCACCGACGCUUUUGAGGACCUCCAAAACCGCGAGAACGGCACGGCCAUCCCGGGCAUCUUCCCCGAGCGCCUGGACGCUUCUGGCUGCAAUAGGACCGCUCCGCCGCCGUCAUCCUCCUCAGCGACGCCGGCCGGUGGCGCCGCAACCGUGCAGCACGGCACCGAUGACCUGAAGCGUGCACUUGCGGGCCACCACGAAGCUCAGAGUCCGGAGGGCUCCGCCCUGGGCACGGGCAUCGGCAGCAUCACCACGGAGUUUUAUGGUGGGCCCCAAAAGCGAACAGAUGGUCCCCGUGGCGGAGAUCAAACCUCGCUCAACGCGAAGGAACUGCCCCCAAACUGGGACUGCGCCGCUCAGCCCCUGACGGGAACCAGCUGGGGAACGGGCUCGUACAGCAUGGGCGGCAGCCAAGACUCCACGUAUGAGUAUUUUCCGAAGCAAUAUCUCAUGCUGGGUGGCCUCGAACCCAAGUACCGCACCAUGCACGAGAAGACGGUCGAUGCCGUCAAGGAGUAUCUGCUCUUCCGUCCCAUGGCCGAGGGCGACCCAGACAUCCUCUUCUCCGCCAAGGCCUACUCCUCCGACGGCACCGCGGACAAGCUGACGUACGAGUGGGAGGUCACGCACCUCACCUGCUUCCUCGGUGGCAUGUUUGGCCUGGGUGGCAAGAUCUUUGACCGCCCCGAAGAUGUCGAGAUUGCCAAGAAGCUCGCCGACGGCUGCGUGUGGGCGUACGAGGUGAUGCCCGCUGGUGUCAUGCCCGAGUAUGCGCGCGUCCUGCCCUGCAAGAGCAGGGACGACUGUCACUACGAUCAAGCGGCGUGGUACACGGCUCUGGAUCCCAGGGCGGAGCAACGCGAAGCCGAGAUGGAGGAAUACUACACCCAGCUGGCCGAGUGGAAGGAGCAAGUGGAGAAACUCAAGAAGGAGGACGCUCUGCGGAAGCAGGCCGAGGAGCCGGCACGUGAGGUCGAGUCGCAGAGUAAGCCUGCUGCGGAGACGGCACAAUAUGGUGAUUCGGGGGAUUUCCCUGCCGAACCAACGGAGAACGACAAGAACAAAUCUCCUGACGGUUUCAAUUUCCGUUCCGACAACCAAGGCAUUUCCAACAACCAGCAACCCAUGAGAAGCGACAAGCUUGUUUUCCCUCCUGCACCCAUGAAGCCAGUCACCCAUAAAGAAUACGUUGCGCAGCGGAUCGAGAACGAGCGCAUCCCUCCGGGCUUCGUCACCCUCACCGACAAGCGGUACCUCCUCAGGCCCGAGGCAAUCGAGUCCGUCUGGUACAUGUACCGCAUCACGGGUGACCCGUCCUGGCAGGAAAAGGGGUGGCGCAUGUUCGAGGCCGUUAUCGGCGCGACCCGGACAGAGGCCGGCCACAGCGCCAUCCGCGAUGUGACCACUAAGGACCCCGGCAACGCCAAAGACAUGGAGGACAACAUGGAGAGCUUCUGGCUCGCCGAGACGCUCAAGUACUUUUACCUGCUCUUUGAGACCCCCGACGUAAUCUCGUUGGACAACUGGGUCUUGAAUACCGAGGCGCAUCCCUUCAAACGCCCAACUUAGCGUGGUUGCCGUCUUUUUUUAAAAAAAAAAAAAAUAGUCAAAUUUUUAUGGGAGGGUAUCGGUAAGGUUGGCAAGGAUAUUAUGCCGAGGAAAUAGGUCCCUCUGUCCAAUAGUUGGGGAAAGGAUGUUGGAUGUUGGUUCGACCCGUCAAGCAAGCCUGUAAUUAUAUACAUAUACGCAUCUUGGCAUGGGGUAUGGGAUGAGAGGACGGUCUUCCGCUGAUCAUAGCAACUGGGCAUGGCGAGCAAUGGCGUUUAUGGGGGUUUGGUUAUUUUAAUUAGGCAGUAAAUAUUGAGCCAUUAGGAAGUGUUUUUGUCAUUCUUGCUCCCACAAACCUUGUUCUAUUUCCUUCAUGUUCUUUC